AUGACGAAUAAUACUGGUGCAGUUGAUAUUAAAUUAUCAACUUUAGAUGAAAAUUAUGAUGAAAGUGACAGUAAUGAUAGUGAAUUGGAUGAAGAACAACAACCGGCACCAACUGUUAAAGAACAAAUCGAUCCGAGUCAACUUCAAUGGCUUCCAUGGAUGUGGUAUUAUACAAAACGUUCAGCAAAAAAGAGUUAUGAAGUAUGUGAUGCAGCAGGAGAAAAAUUAGCUUGGUUUUUUGGUAUAACAAAACCGAAAUAUUAUGCUGAAAUUCAAGAAUAUGAACGUAUGGAUGAAGAGGAACGAGAAGCAUGGCGACAAGCAUUUCAAGAUGUUGAACAAACCAAUCAUGUUCUUGAAUCAAUCAGAUAA